CCUCUCUGGUGCUGCGCAUCCCCGCUGCCGACAUGAUGAUGUAUUUCUGGGGUAAUCAGGACGCCACGGCUCCUCCUGAAGCAAUGGCUCAGCCCUACCCCCCAGCCCAGUAUCCUCCGCCUCCCCAGAAUGGAAUCCCUGCAGAGUACGCACCCCCGCACCCCCACCCCACACAGGACUACUCGGGGCAGAGCACGGUACCGGAGCACGCCAUGACCCUCUACACACCAGCACAGAGCCACGCCGAGCAGCCGGGCGCUGACGCCAGCACGCAGUCCAUAGCGGGGACGCAGACGGUAUCGGUAAGAGCCCCCGUGGAGCCCCGGGUGGGCAGCAGGGCCUUUCAGCAGACAGAUGAAGCUGCGCAGACAGAGAGCCAACAGCUCCAUUCCUCAGAGAACACAGACAAGCAGCAGCCCAAGAGGUUACACGUCUCCAACAUCCCCUUCCGGUUCCGGGAUCCAGACCUGCGGCAAAUGUUCGGGCAAUUCGGGAAGAUCCUCGACGUGGAGAUUAUUUUCAAUGAGCGGGGCUCCAAGGGUUUUGGGUUUGUAACUUUUGAAACUAGCACAGAUGCCGACCGGGCACGAGAGAAGCUGAAUGGCACAAUCGUAGAGGGACGGAAAAUUGAGGUCAAUAACGCCACAGCCCGAGUCAUGACGAACAAAAAGGCUGCAAAUCCCUACAUCAAUGGCUGGAAGCUGAACCCGGUGGUGGGAGCUGUCUACAGUCCUGAAUUCUAUGCAGUAACAGGGUUCCCGUACCCAGCCACAGGGACAGCCGUGGCAUACCGAGGGGCGCACCUAAGGGGCCGGGGGCGUGCUGUCUACAACACGUUCCGCGCCGCACCCCCGCCUCCACCUAUCCCCACCUACGGCGCGGUCGUUUAUCAGGAUGGAUUCUAUGGCGCUGAAAUUUACGGGGGUUACGCAGCCUACAGAUACGCCCAGCCAGCGGCGGCGGCAGCAUACAGCGACAGCUACGGCAGAGUGUACGCAGCCGCGGACCCGUACCACCACACCAUCGGCCCUGCUGCCACGUACAGCAUCGGCACCAUGUGACACCACAGCUGCUUCCUUCUGGGACCAGGAAGGGCAAAACAAAUUAAAAACAAAGCAACAAAAAACAAAACAAAGAGGCAACCAACCAACCGAGUCCCAUACUGUCCACACACAUGCACCGAGCAAGCAAGUCCAGCAGGAGGCGCUGCACCCGCCUGAGUCACGGAGAGUACACACCGACCGGACAGCGCCGCGGCCAGCUGGCAGAGAGCCGCCCCUCUCCAACCCUGCCCCGGCCAGCAGCCAUGUUGGGAGACUUGGGUCCCCCUCCCCCUCCCCAGCCUAGGGCAGGGAGGGAGCGAGAGCAGUGCGGAGUGCUGGGACAGCCUCGGAGCGAGGACUCUGCAGGCCCCAGGCACCCGGCCUGGGCACCGCGUCUUCCUUUCUGCCCUCCCAAGCCAGGGCCGUGGGCAGAGCGCCGCAGCAGCCCACGCCCUCCUGCAGGUUUGGGGGACUUGGCCUCAGGGGUAGGAGUCUUGCUUUUUGUUUUCAGAGCUCCAAUGCUUUUGCGCUUGCUGGCCAGCGGUGUGUUGAGUGUGUGAGGCCUCGGCUCUCUGAGCGGAGGUGGGAUGGUUGAUGCAGCAGCAGCUUUGCCUGGGCUGCUGGGUGUUGCAGGGGAAGAGGGGCUGUGUUUAAGAGGGAUGUUAGCUAACUGGAGUUUGUAGCUCCCUUGCAUUUUCAUCACCCCGGUGCCCUGAGCUCCUGGCUUCCCCCAGCCCCAUGGGGCUAAAGCCAAGCGGGAGCUGCUUCCUGCGCCACACCUACCCAGGGCAGACAGAGUGGGGAAGGGGCUGCAUCUCUAGGCCACAACAUGGCGCACCAGGGAUCAUAUCAGCCCCUGCCCCCCAGCAUGGAGCCCGAGGAGGCCAUGUGAUCCCACAGUGGCUGCGUCUCAGCCACCCCAUCACCACUGGGGGACAGGGAGCCAACCACACACCCCUUAGUGGUGGCUGCAGGGUCCCUGCUCAGAGCCAGGCCUGCCCCAAGCCCCAGUCCCAUGCUAGCUAGGCAUUGGAGAGGCCCAUCGGGGUGAGGGUCACUAUGGGCAGUGCAUGGGA